AUGCGUGAUAUUCCCAUUGACGUCUAUCUGUCGUUUCCGUCCCCCAACUUUGAUCAUCCGCAGACGAGAGGUCCGGCGCUAGUGAUUGUCAACUCUAUCUUCAUAUCUCUGGUGAUCAUCGCCGUGGCAUUGCGCAUCUACACGCGGGUACACAUCAAGCGCUGGUUUGGAUCCGAUGACUACUUCAUCUGUGCCGCUCUGGUAGCGACUAUCGGCCUGACUACUACCGUCCUCCUCGCCAACACCCGGUACUGCUGGGACAGACAUGUAUGGGACAUACCAUGGAGCGUCAUACCGGGCACCCUCAGGAUCGCAUUCGCCGCCAAAAUAAUGUUCACCUUCGCCGCGACCUUCAUCCGCAUGUCGCUGCUCCAAUUCUACUACCGCCUAACGCGAGACUCCGGGAACCGGUGGUUCACCUGGGCGCUCCACCUCUCGCACGCCUUCAACGCCUGCAUCUGCAUCUCCUUCGUCGCGCUGACCGUCUUCCAAUGCAAUCCCGUCUCCGCGUACUGGGCCUUUCCGCCGCAGCUGCAGAAGUGCCUCCCCGAGGGCCCGGUCACGCUGGGCGCGGGGAUCGUGAAUUGUAUUGCGGAUCUGCUGGUGGCGAGCCUGCCGAUUCCGAUUGUGGUGAAGUUGCAGAUGCCGCGACGGCAAAUGGCUGGGGUGGUUAUGCUGCUGAGUUUGGGGUUCGUGGUCACGCUUGCGGGAAUCAUUAGGACGUGCUUUAUUUGGAAGAGCCUUAUGGAUUCGUACGACGAGAUGUGGUAUGCGUUUCCCCUGUGGAUCGCGGCGGCGGUGGAGAUCGAUUUGGCCAUGAUCUGCGCAUGUGCGCCUGCACUCCGCCCCUUAGUCUCUCGCCAUAUCUCUCCCACGCUUUCCCGCGUCUCGGCCCGCCUCUCGGUCAUCGUACCCUCCUCCCUGCGCUCUCGUCACCGCUCCCCUCACUCAUCUUGCCCCUCGUUCGUCAGUUUUAGAAUCGAGAGGAAGAGCCCAGUCGGCAGCGGCAGUGGGAGAAAGUAUCGCAGUCUUGAGGAUGGGUCAUGUGAGGGAACGACGACGAGUUCGGUGACGUACACGAAUUUCGAAGAGGAGCCCGGAAGCGCAGCAGGGGUUGGUGGAGGAAAGCCGUGGCAGAUCACGAAGACGCAGUGUGUGGAGCUGAGUCGCAUGGACGCACAGGAAGUCGGAAAGGAGGAGGGAGGAGAGCUCGGCAGUGGUGCGCAGAAUGACGGCAUAAGGAUCAAGCCGGUCGGGACGAUGACCACGACUACAAUCUCCAGUCCAGCGGUUGUUGAAUCGGUGACCCACAAGCAAAGCCCGCCUCGGCUGGCGAGUGCAGAGAGAUGA